CCAUUCGCUCCCACAACUGUUUUCUUUCUCCACACUCACACCCAGAACACGCCACUAACCCUCUUCCCCUCUAUCCAUACACAAGUCGAUCUUGAGAUCUAGCAACAAGCUUUGUCGGCCUUGCCACACUCGUUCAGAGCCAUGUCCCGAUCAGUUUCACAGACGUCCCGGCCAGUCGGCCGAGGGCUAGGAAGCACAAGCGUCAUGAUUCCGCCAAGUGCGAAAAAGAUCGUGCAAGAAUUGAAGGAAAUCGUGUCAAACACGGAGGAGGAAAUAUACGCAGCGUUGAAAGAGUGCAAUAUGGAUCCGAACGAAGCUGCUCAGAGGUUGUUGAAUCAAGAUCCCUUCCAUGAAGUGAGGCGGAAGAAGGGCAAGAAGAAAGAGGAGGGUGGUGAGGUCAGAAUUAGGGGUGGAGCUGGAAGGGGCGGGGGUAGAGGAGGCGGCGCGUCAGAUCGUGGUUCGAACCGCCCAGACUAUGGCGGUGGUCGAGGACGGCCGAUGCCGCAACGAGAGAAUGGAAUUCAUCCCAGUUCGAGACCCGGCGGCGCAGGAGCACCGGGCGGGCCGGGCUACAUCCCCGUUGUUGGGGGCUCUGCUCCAGGGUAUGGCGGAGGUCCUGUGGGUAUGCCGGGAGGGUUGCCCGGCUAUCCCCAGCAUAGGGCCCCGGUUCUGGGAGCCGGAGCACCAAGUGGCGUGGGAGCGUACGUGACUGGCGGAGUGCCUGGUGCUGCGCCUGGGCAGCCUGUGUCGGUGGCUAUGGGCGCAACUCAAACCACAGGCCUACCGGGUCAGCCUGCGCCUGCGGGGGGCUCGCUUUACUCGCGUCCCGGCGGAGGCUCUCUGUGGGGCGGCGGCGGAACGACCAUGGCGGAGAUGCUCAAGUCCUCCGCCGCCGCGCAGCAAGCACAGCAAGCUCCGCCCGCCCCGGCACCCGCGCCCGCGCCGGCCUUGCAGGCGCACGCGCCGAUCCCCCAGCCCGCCGCACCUGUCGUUACCGGACCCCCCGCCCCCACCCCGUAUCUCGCGGCAACCAUGGCGUCAGGCGUUACCGCGCCGAGCCUGUACGCGUCUGCGGCUGAUCCGGUACUGCACCCGCAGAGCAAGAGGGACGUGGGCACGGUAGGCACGCAGAGGCCCAUAGGGGAGCGGCUGCCGCCGGCGAGCGUGGCUGCGGAAACCGCGGAUGGUAGCGACGCUGCUGCGACGCAGCUGCCUGGCGUGUCGCUUGGGGCGCCGGAUCAGCAGCAGCAGCAGCAGAUUGCGCCGCAGCAGCCGCCUGCCGCCAGUGCGGCUCAGGUCUCCGUGGCCGAUGCGGCAGCCGCGGCGACUGUUCCGGCUGCGGGUGCGGCCCUGCAGACGCAGCAGCAGCAGGUGACCCAGCAGCAGCCGCAGCAGCCGUCUGUUCUCGGAUCCAUCGGCACUCCCGCUGCUGCUGCUGACGUGGUGGCCGUUACUCCCGCGCAGGAGCCUGAAUCCGCAGUUGCCUCACCAGAGGAGCGGGCGGCCGUGGCGGCGGCGGGCAGCAAGCUGCAGAGCCUGGGGCUGCAGGACGACAAGCCCGUGAUCAUUCCGGGCCACCUCCGCGUGCCCGAGGCGGACCAGACGCGCCUCAGCUUCGGCAGCUUCGGCGCUGGCUUCGGCACGUCGUUCGGCACCGGCUUCGGCGCGGACGCGCUCACCGCUAACAAGGCCGCGGACGCCGUUGGCUCGUCCAGUCUGCUGUCGCAGCCGCCUGCAGCACAGGCGGAGCAGCAAGAGCAGGAGCAGGAGAAGCAGCAGGAGCAAGAGCAGGAGCAGGUCGCCAAGGAGGAGCACGCGGCGAUCGUGGACGUCAAGCCCGUGGAAGCGCCCAAGCACGACGAGGAUCUGGCCGCUGCCGCCGCUGCCGCACAGGCGCAGCAGCAGCAGGAGCGCCCGCAGGCGAAGGACGAGCAGGCGCAGGCGCAAGCGCAGGCGCAGGCGAGCGUGGCGGAGACGGCGCAAGCGCAGGCAGAGGCAGCGGCGUUCGCUGCACAGGCUGCUGCUGCGGCGGCAGCGGCGCAGCAGGCGCCAGCGGCAGCAGCCCAGCCGCUGCUCCAGGAGGCGCAGGCUCCUGCCGCCGCCGCGCAGCAGCCCCAGCAGCAGCAGCAGGCGGCGCAGCAGGUAGCGUCGCACCAGCAGCAGCAGCAGCCGCUGGCUGAGCAGGCCCAGGCCCAGCAGGCGAUCGCGCCUCAAGCGCCGCUUGUGCAGCAGCAGCAGCAGCCCCAGCAGCAGCAGCAGCAGCCAGCGCAGGCGCAGCAGCAGGCGCAAAGCCAGCUGUCGCAGCAGCAGCAGCUGCAGCAGCUGUCUCAACAAGCUCAGCAGCAGCAGGCACAGCAGCAGCAGCAGCAGCAGCAGCCGUCCGCGUAUCCGUAUGUACCUGCGCUGCAGAACUACCCUGCCUUUGGCCUGGUGCCGCAGAUGCCCGCGGGGCAAUACCCCGCCUAUGACGCGUCCGAGCCUCAAGUCGCCGGCGACAUCUCCCGCUUCACGUCCGUGGGACUGCAGCAGUACAGCGACCCGCCUGGCAGCUACUACUCGCCCGCGUUCAGGCCCAGUGGCGACGGCGAAAUGCGUUACUCGCCUUUCGUGACGUCGUCGGGCUCCGCCCUGGGCGCCAAGUACGGAUCCGCAGGCGUCGCGGGUGCGGGGCAGGGGCUCCCUUCUCAAGAGACGUCCAGCAGUCUGGGCAUUGUGGGAGCUCCGUCCAUGGGCCAGGCGUCCUCCUCACACUCCACUGGUCUCUCCCAGCAGCAGGUGCAGCAGCAGCAGCCCCAGGCGCAGCAGCAGCAGCAGCCGCAGCAGCAGUCCCAGCAGCAGCCGCAGCAGGGGCAGCCUCAGCAGGGGCAGCAGCAGCAGCAGCAACAACAGCAGCAGCAGCAGCCGGUUCCCAUGCACGCUGCCGCUGCCGCUGCAUAUGCCGCGCAGCCUGCAGGCAUCCCCAUGGGUGCGCACUACGGAAUCAACUAUGCAGGCUACGCGCAAUACGCUGUGCCUCCCAACUACUACACCAUGCACUCCCCCUACACGCACCCCAGCUACGCCCCCACCUCCUCCACCUACCCACAAGCGCCUGGUAACCCCUCGUACCCCACAGCAGCGGGGUCCUCCUACCCUCCUGGGACGGUCGCAGGCGCUAAAUACCCCAUGCCCGCAGGGUAUAAAACGGCAGGUUCCACUGGCGGCACGGGGCAUCUGACUGCGGGAGCAGCGGCGUAUGGGGCGUACCCGGGGGCGGCUGGGGGGUAUGGUGGGGGGCCUGGGAUGUCGGCAGGGGGGACGAGCAGCGGGGGGUAUGAGGAUGUUGGGGGCAGUCAGUACAAGGACGCCAGCAGCCUAUACCUGCAAGGCCAGCAGGUGUCAAGAGACAUGGCAGCAGCAGCGGUGGCGGCAGGAAUGCCGACCUCCUCAUACUACAACCUUGCACCAGGCCAAGCUGGGCACGCAGGGGGCUACCCAUCAGCCACGCACACCCACCCCCAGGCUCCGGGGGGCCAUGCCACGCACCCGGCAGCAGCAUACGGGGCAGCAGCUGCUGCUGCUGCGGGCCUGUACCACGCGUCCCAGUCGGGACCGGGAGGCCCCUCAGGCCACGUGCACGGCCACUCGCACCAGCAACUGCUGCAGUCGCAGGGUAUGGGCGGUAGCGCCGGCGGUGCUGGUGUUGGCGGGUCUGCUGGCGGUGGUGCCGGCAGCUACCAGCAGCAGCAGCAACAGCAAGCGCAGGCACAACGCUCCCAGCAGAGCUGGAGCGGCACGUACUGAGGCAGGGAGGGUGAGAGCGUGAGGGGAACUGGUGCUGGUGCAUAUUGAGCGUGGUGGCUGCCUGCCGGUGUUUGCACAUGACGUGUGGCACAGUUCAGCUGCGAAUGGUGUUUUUGUUUUGUAGCGAUGGGGCGAUUGCGUACCCACUUGUGUUGCACUUGUACUGGGCCCCUGCCUGCCCGCCUGCUUUGACUGUGCUCCUGCUCUCAAACAUUGCUCCAGGCACCCUACCCUGGUGUCCGAUAGAUUUGUAGGGUUGCCUGUGCGGGAAUUUUCCCCACUUUUUCGUGUUUAGGAUUGUAACAGUUUUUGCCUGUGUUGCUGCAUUUCUUACUCGGCAUGGUUACUC